AUGCAUCCUCCGUUAGCUUCCCAUAAACACGAAGGUUGUGAAAAAGUCAUCGAAGCAUUGGAUGCUUGCCAUCGUGCCAAUUCAUUCAACAAGUUUAUCGGUGCCUGUAACGAUGCGAAAAAAGCAGUGGAUGACUGUUUGAAAGAAGAGUUUCUUAUUCAUCGAGCAGAGAACAAGGCGCGUGCUGCUGCCAAACGUGCCAAGCUUGAGAAAGCAUGGCGAGAUCUGGAAGAACCUCCAGCUGAAUUCCGAACGGCGGAAACUGACAAGCAGCAGUAA